UAUACUAAGUAAUCGUUGAAUACGCGCAUUGCACGGAAACCAGAAAAAGCUUUACCAGCAGACCGAUGGAUAUUCAACAUUUCUCUCAUGAGCACCCACUGGUAUUGAUCCAACCUGCUAAUAAUACAUCUACAUCAUACAAAUGCCAUGUGUGCAUCCGGGGGUCCGGCCCUGAAGCAGGUCCGCUGUACGGAUGUGAGGAUUGCCAUUUCUACCUCCACAAGCCCUGUGCGGAGCGGCAGUUGGCUCCCCAGAUUGAACACCCUCUCCACCCGUCACAUCCGCUUAUUCUUAAUCCCGGGUUAGACGGGGAUGGCAGCUGCAGGACAUACUGGUGUUCUUGCUGUCGAAAGAAUUACACAAACUUCUCGUACCAUUGCAGCGAGUGCGACUACAACCUGGAUCUAGAAUGCGCAGCCCUUGUUCCAACCUUGAAGCUUCGGGAUCCCAUCCACCUCCUUUUCCUCUUUGAGAAGGUAGGUUUCUCUGUAGAUGCCUGGUGCAGCGUCUGCGGUGAAGACUUUGGUGUCGGCGCUGACUCUGAGAUACUUUCACAUACUUUUGUUUGUGCGAUUCCUCAGUGUGGUCAUGCUCUUCAUUUGCACUGCGCCCCGAUUACUCUUCCGGAGACAGUCAGGCACGAGAAUCACAAUUUCCACGAUCUUGUCUAUACAAAAGCAGUGGCUGAAGGAGGGUACUGGGAUGGUCACUACUGUGAUGCCUGUGAGCAGAAAAGAGCUCCCUAUCUUCCGGUCUAUUACUGCAAGGAAUGCAAUUUUGCUUGUCACGUCUUUUGUGGCAUUUCCAAGGAGCUACCUUCUCUAAUUGAAGCAUAUGAGAACGACUGUUUACAGAGAGGUGCCUCCUUAGAGGCAUGGCUUCGCUAUUAUGAAGACAAGUUGCCUAGGUUGCGCUCAAAGAAAGAGAGAACAGAAACCAAAUUGAAGGAGAUACGGCAGGAAAUCGAGGCACUUGAAGAAGAACGAGUUCUCUAUGAAAUAUCCAAGUUGUUACGCUGAUUGAUUGAUGAUGGCAGCUUUUCCAUAAAGGUUGUGUGUGUGUGUGUUUUGCUGGAUAUAUAAAUCGAUGCAUGAACUGCUUACAGGUAGAAACCACAGAAGAGUUUAGACUGGUCACUAAUAGUAAGCAUGGAUAACUCCAGGCAGCAGGCAGGAACAAUCACCGACUUAAUUAAAAUGAUAAAUUACACUGGUGGUCCAAAAAUUUUUAAUAAUGUAUCAGAUCGGUCCAAUAAGUUUUUUUUGCUACUUGAUGGUACAAAAUGUUUCAAAGUUGUAACAUGAUAGUACAA